AUGUCCGCUCCCAGACGCAGACUCGAUGCGAUUGCACACCACCUGACCAAUGUCACCGUGGACCCCGCAACCGAUACCGUCCUCGCCAUGGAGGAAGAGCGCCAAAAGACCGCAUUUGAUGUGCGUGAAUUGACCUACUUCCUCGAUGGCGGCGCAGACAAGACGAAGCUCAAGGAGCGACUCAUGCUGUCCAUUGAGCGAGACCCAGAAAUGCGCAAUGACGAUUGGUAUGACUUGACGAAAGAGCAGGUGCGAGAGCGUACCAUGCGCAAAUUCCGCAACCUCGCCCACUAUGUCACCGUUGAGCCCGAACAAACCUCUUUCUUGCGGCUUUCGCUCAUCUCUAUUGUCGACCCUGGCUUCUGGACCAGAUUCGGUGUCCAUUACGGUCUCUUCUUCAAUGCCCUUCGUGCGGGGUCAACUGGAAACCAGAUUUCCUACUGGUUGCAGCGUGGUGCCGCCUCUCUUAAUGGCAUGAUCGGAUGUUUCGCUAUGACUGAACUCGGCCACGGUUCCAACGUGCAGGCACUGGAGACGACAGCAACAUUUGAUGAGCAAACGGAUGAGUUUGUUAUCCACACACCGAGUUUGACGGCUACAAAAUGGUGGAUUGGUGGAGCGGCACAUACAGCCACACACUGCGUCUGCUUUGCUCAACUCAUCAUCAACGGCAAGCGUCACGGUGUCAAGACAUUUGUUGUGCCUCUUCGCAAUGCCGAAGACUAUUCCCUCAAACCAGGUGUCACGAUUGGUGAUCUCGGUAAGAAGAUGGGACGUGAUGGUAUUGACAAUGGCUGGAUCCAAUUUUCACAUGUGCGCAUCCCCAGACUUUACAUGCUCAUGAAGCACACCAAAGUAUCGCGCGAAGGUGUCGUGACUGACCCACCUCUUGCUCAACUCUCGUAUGGCGCGCUGAUUACAGGACGAACGGCCAUGGUACUCGAUUCGAGUGCAUCGUCUAAACGCAUGACGACCAUUGCCAUUCGCUAUGCCUGUGUGCGACGACAAUUUGCAGCAACGCCCGGUCAGAUUGAGACGAAACUUAUUGACUAUGCCAUGCACCAACGUCGUUUGAUGCCUUUGCUUGCAGAAACAUAUGCCAUGCAAUUCGCUGGUGAUAAGUUGUACAAGAUGUACAACAGCUGUAUGGAAAUGCUUGCUGAUGCGGAAGGCGCCGACUCUGAAGCGACGGAUCUCGCACUUGAGAACUUGAAGGAGUUGCACGGUACCUCUGCAGGUCUCAAGGCAUUCUGUACAUGGGCUUCUCUUGAAGCUAUUGACAAGUGUCGGCAAUCGUGCGGUGGUCACGGAUACUCUGCCUACAAUGGCUUCGGUACUGCAUUCGCUGAUGCCGCUGUGCAUGUGACAUGGGAGGGUGAUAAUACGAUUCUUGCACUGCAGUCGGGACGUUCGUUGAUUGGCAGUUACAAGGAUGCCAAGUCUGGCAAGAAACUCGCAACGGGUGUUGCAUACCUUGGCAAGUGCGAAGAGCUUAAGAGUGCCAAGGCCGGUCAGCGUGAUAUCAAUGAUUUCGCUGUGAUUCGCGAAGGUUGGCAAGCAUGUUCAGCACUUGCUGUGGAGAAGGCUGCGUUGGCCUUUGACAAGUUUGUCAAAGCUGGCAAGUCACAGGAUGAAGCAUACGAGGCCACCUCGCAGCUACGAUUCCUGGCAUCCAAAGUCCAUACCCGUGGAUUCUUGGUGACUGGUUUCCUCGACACAUUGGAGCAAGCACCGGAAAAGAUUCGCAAGGUGCUCUUGCCACUUGGCUUGCUGUAUGCCAUGUGGUCCACUGAGGAAAAUUCCGGCUUGUUCCUGCAGGCUGGCUACUAUAAUUCCGCACAGGUGGAUGACAUUCGUGACCGAACGGAUGCUUUGUGUCUCGAGGUGCGUAACCAGUGCUGUGGUUUGGUGGAUGCCUUUAAUCUGUCCGACUUCUUCAUCAAUGCACCGAUUGGUUGUUUCGAUGGGUCGAUUUACCCAACCUACUUUGACCGCGUGAAGAAGAGCAACCCAUCGACGAGUGCGCCGCCGUACUUCCAGCAGGUAAUUAAGCCGCUUUUGACGCAGUCUAUGGAGGAGGAUGAGGAGAUUGAGGAGGAAGACGAGGAUGAGGACUAG